AUGGCGCAUCCCUCGGCAGCCAUGGCAGACGCAGAAGCCGGCCCAGCCAUGACAGAGUCCACCAAAACUACGCCUGUCGAGAAUGUGGCAGCGUCCGCUGAGAAGAGUCUUGAUGCCGACGACCCAGACCCCAACAUCGUGAACUGGGAUGGCCCCGAUGACCCUAAAAACCCUCGCAAUUGGAAGAAGAGUUUCAAGCUGCUCAAUGUCUUGCUCAUCGGGCUCUCGAUCCUCUGCACAAACUUCUCGACGACCAUGUUCGCGCCUGCCGCCCCGCAGCUUGCCGACGAGUUCAACGUCCACAGCAGCAUCCUCUCCACACUGAGCGUCACUAUCCCUUCUCUCGGUGCGGCUACAGGCCCGCUGCUCUUUGCCCCUCUCUCCGAGAUCUUCGGCCGCGUCAGGAUCUACAUUGCGACCAGUUUGCUAUUUCUCGCCUUUGCCGCUGGCCUUGCGCGCAGCACCGGUAUCGCCAUGUUCCUCGUCUUCCGCUUCCUCGACGGCGUGUGCUACACGUCGUACUUGACCUGUGGUGCGGGAACCAUCGCAGACCUUUUCGAGCAUGAUAAUCGCGGUGCGGCUUCCGCUGUGUUCGCUUUGGCUCCUUUGCUGGGACCGGUACUAGGGCCUGUCAUUGGAGGCUUCAUAGCUCAGGAGCUGGAUUGGCGCUGGAUUUUCUACAUUAUACUCAUGGUUACCGGAGUAAUCACUGCAGCAGUCAUCUUCUUCAUGCGCGAGUCCAUGGAGACCAUCUUGCUCGAACAAAAGGCCAAGCGCCUGCGCAAAUCCACCGGAAAUCCCAAUCUACGAUCUGCCGUUUCUCGUGGUUUACCAGUUCGUACGAUCGUAGCCCGCGCCUUCAGCCGACCCAUCAGAAUGCUGCUCUUCUCACCGAUCGUGCUUCUUUUGGGGCUUUACCUUGCCUUCGUCUUCGGACUGACAUUCCUCCUUCUUGCCACCCUCUCGGAACUCUUCGAGAACACCUAUGACUUCAAACAAGGCGUGGCGGGUCUCGCGUACCUGGGUUUGGGUAUUGGAUGUGUCAUCGGUACAAUUAUAUUUGCCAAAUUCAGUGACAAGAUGGCCAAGAAGAACAGCGCGCCAGAACAUCGCUUGGUUAUGAUGAUGCUCGGCGGUCCCUUUGUUCCUGCGAGCCUGUUCUGGUACGGCUGGUCCGCCGAGUACCAUGUGCACUGGAUCGUACCCAUCAUAGGAACGGGCUUCAUCGGCAUCGGCAUUGUGUUUGUCACGGCUUCAGGACAGCUCUACAUGAUCGAUACAUUUGGAUCAGAAGGGUCUGCUUCGGCCAUGGCGGCUCUUACUUUGGUGCGCAACGGCUCCGGGGCUUUCUUGCCCCUUGCUGCACCGCCAUUGUACCGCAAGCUGGGCCUAGGUUGGGGCAACAGUGUCCUUGGGUUCAUUUCCUUCACGUUUGUGCCUCUCGCGUUCCUUUUCUACAAGUUUGGACAGAGGCUGAGGGAACGAUUUCCAUUUCAGAUCUGA